CGCUCUUUGGGUUUGCCAGUCGCAACUUUCGGUUUCAGGCGAACCUGCUGCCAUAAUUAUCUGCAUUUUUUUUCGUUGUUGUUUUUGGUUGCGCUGUCUGUCAGUCAGUGCGGCUUUAGUAUAUCAACGACUCUCUGCGCUGCAAGAUGUGGCUGCUGCUGCCGAUUCUAGUCUACUCGCUGGUCUUUCUGUAUGUGCGACAUGUCUACAGCUAUUGGAAGCGCAAGGGCUUUCCCAGCGAGCGCGUCGCACUCAGCUGGCGUUUUCUCAGCCAGGCCUAUCGCCGUGAAUUCCGACACGUGGACGCCAUAUGCGAGGCUUAUCAGACGGGCCGCGAGCGUCUGCUCGGCAUCUAUUGCUUCUUUCGUCCGGUGCUGCUGGUGCGCAAUGUUGAGCUGGCCUGCAACAUUUUGCAGCAGGGCAACGCGCACUUUAGCGAGGGCAAGUGGGACUAUGUCAAGGGCUACAGGCGCUUCAAUCUGCUGGAGAAACUGGCGCCCAUGUUUAGCACACAGCGCUUGACGCACAUGCUCCAGCAUGUGCAGCAUGUGGGCGAGCAUAUGUUGCAGCAUUUGCAGCAGCUAGAGACCCAAGGCAGCGUCGAGCUGGAACUGCAGCAGCUGCUCAGAGUCUAUGCAGCGAAUGUUAUGGGCAAUCUAGUCUAUGGCCUGGAUGUCAACAAUUUUGAGCAAAGCGAUCAUUUGCUCAAUAGCUAUGCCAACAAUUUGACUAGUCAUGGCUGCCUGCAGUCCUUCACUUUGCGCAAGCUGCACAAAAAGUCAACGCUUACUUAUCGACUGCUGGACAUCAUACAGCAAAAUGUUUUGCAGCGCGAGGAACGCGGCAUUAUACGCAAGGACAUGCUGCAGCUGCUGGUGAAGUUACGCAACGGCAACGAUCUCAGCAGCGACAAGUGGCAAGUGGAACAUGCGAUUGAGGAAGACAAAUUGCUGUGCCUGAAGCGCUUGGCGCAAGUUGCCGAGGAUUUGUUGAAGUCCGCCUUGAAUAGCAUUGCCUCGACUAUAACGCUGACGCUCUAUGAAAUAGCUCAGCAGCCUUUGAUUGUGGAGAAACUGCAGACUGAGUUGGCGGAAUUUCAAGCGGACAAGCUGCAGCUGAGCUUGCCACACUUGCAGCAGCUCAAGUACAUGGACAUGUGUUUGAAAGAAACUCUGCGCAAAUAUCCGCCUUUGCCCAUCAUUGAACGCAUUUGCCGAAAGAGCUACACGCUGCCAAAUUCAAAGUUCACCAUAGGCGAGGGCAAGACGCUGAUGGUGCCAGUGCUGGCCAUACAGCGUGAUGAGCAGCAUUUCGCGGAUCCGCUCAGCUAUAAGCCAUUGCGUUUUCUGCAUGGCAAGCCAAAGGCAGCGGCGGCGGCCACGGCCUUUGUUGGCUUUGGCAUUGGCGGCGCUCAAUGCGUGGCGCACAGUUUCGCCAGCAUGAUAAUCAAAGUGGCGCUGAUUAAGCUGCUGCAGCAAUACGAUUUGGAAUUGUGUUGCGCGCAGUCCGUGCAGGUGUCGCAGCUGCCAGCGCCGUAUAUAAGCAGCAAGGAGGGACUGCGAGUUAAAUUAAAAGCGCGCAAAUAAAAUAGACAGCAAACAAAACAACGUCACAAGCUGUUGAAUCUCUCUGAACUAAUUUUAUACGUUUUCUAUAUAUAUUUGCUCAUGCUGCCUGAACGCCCAAAAUUAU